UACCAGUCAGUACCCUCUGAGGCGCGUCACCAGGUCGCGGCUCCUUUAGCGCGGCACCCCUGUCAGUACCUACGAAGGAAUGUUCAAAAUGCAAGCUAGCUCCCGUCUCUCUUAUUAGAGUUUCCAACACGGAAACCAACAACCACUCAACUGCUGCCUCUACCUCUCGCCGGCGCCGAUCUCAGUCCUCGCCAUUAUUCUAGCUAAUGUGACGGCUCUUCCAGUCGGCAUACGAGUCACAAUGCCCCGACCCCAGCGACUCGUACGGCGGCAGCCUCUCUCCGAGCGGAUCAAGGCCAAGUUGAACCCCUUCGACUUCCUGCUGUGGCUCUCAGAGGAGAUCGAGACUCGGGACUGGGAUUCAAAGUCCAUUGGCAUUCAGUUCGGCCUCGCCGCGAGCUUCGUCUUCCUUUUGGCUCGCGCAAACUCUGGAAGGUCAUCCACGGUUGAUGAUGUGUUUGGCGACAGUGGAGGCUCGUCCUGGGGAUCUUUCUUCAUCCAACCCCUGGUUUGGAUCUUAAUCUUGGUGUCGGGCUUGAAUGCCUUGUAUACCAUGACGCGAUCUCGUCAUUACCGUCUCUUCGAAACAAACGUCGAGCACGGCCCGUCCACCCCUUCAGCCCACCGUGUUCGGGUCGACUCUUCGCCCGUGUCUUCCUCCCCGUUGCGGCUCCUGUCAGAUAUUAUCGGCUCAGAAACAGCAGAGUCCCGAGCUCAUCCGGAUAAGAGCCGCGACGUGUGGGAGAUAGCAGUUUGGGAUCCUCUGCCCCUGUCGAUGCAGUUCCUUUGCUUCUUCAGUCCUGGCCAUGUAUUGGUUUAUAUGCUCUUCUUGCCAUUAACACCUCUGGAUCCGCGGCCAAGUGUCAGCGUCUUCAACUGCCUCCUUCUUCAAGCCAUGCUGUCAGCCCAGCUUCUCCUACUACACUCUCGGUAUUCACAGCAGAACAAGGACACGGCAGUCAUACAGAAGGAAGUCAUGCACGAGUAUGACACCAAGUAUGUCCAUCCUAGACUCCACCCAGUGGUCCGGGAAGUGGCCACCCAAAUCUCGAUGAGCGAGCUGGGCAUUGAAGAGGAAGAAGUAGAAGUUGGCACCCCAUCCACGCUCAUUCGUCGAGGUUUCCGGACAAACCCCAACCCCAACUAUGCGAAACACUUCGAUCCCGAUUACAAUAGUACGCAUACUCAGGCCCGAAAUGUCAUGAGUCCUACCUUAUUCACUCCUUCCACAAAGCCCCGGUACUCAGACUCCUUCACCUCGGCUACCAAGAAUUUCAGGUCCUCCGGACUCCGGCAGAGUCUUCCACCAUCAUCCAUCUCAUCUUUCUCAACAGGGGCCUCGGCUGCGGCCACAGGUUCUGGGCCGGCAAAUUCAGGGACUAGCUUGGGGGGGAGCCUUGGGGUCUACUCGCAUGCCAACUCUCCGCUCAAGAAAGCGACUAGCAUGGGAGAUAUGAAGAACCCCGGAAUGUCGUUACCCCGGAACUCGCGGGAGAUGGCAGCCCUCGAACAACGCGCCACUGCUGAAAGACUUGUUAGGCAGAGCAGCCCCCUAAAAGAGCAUAGAAGGGGCGCCAGUCAAUCGGAUCAGCAACAGUCCGCCAACCCUUUUGCGAAUGCCAAACCCGCCCGAUUCAGUCAAGAACGGUUCCCUUCGCUGUGGUCUUGAGAUUCAAUUCCGAAGUGCGCUCCAAUAGAGUGUCCUUGGGAGCGAUAUCAAGACGGGGCGCAGACGCCACCUUAAAGGACAUGCAUAGUACCCGACCUCAGUGCGUCACCAGUUCGGAAUGAGAUGACCCGCCCAAGAUGGGGUUCUAUUCUCCUAUCCAUGCGGAAGAACGCACCUUUCUAGCAAAUUAUCCCCUGCGUGGGAUGGCUUUUGCGGGCAGACUCAAGUCACUGGUCGGAGCUCUUUAUACAGCAUUGACCAAAACCUAUCGAUGGGUCUAGGAGCGGGUGGAUAAGCCGGCAUGGUU